GCUGCAUUUUUCGGAGCCGUGGCGAUCGUGGAGGGAGACCUCGUGGGACCCAUGCUGGGUUUUCUCGGCUAAAUUAUGUUUUUGGCGAUGAUAUUCUAAAUCCCUCCAUCUUCGGCCAUGGUAAUAAAACAUCGGAAAUCAGCCUUCCGUUCAUUUCUUUCUCACCAUGCAGCAUACUAAUGGGGGGUUGUUCUAAAACCAGUCCUUUUCUACCCCCCUAUACCCCCGCGGGAAUUCCGCUGUAAUGCAUCCAAUGUGUCGCGUGCUAUCAAAGUGUCACCAAAUUUAAACCCAACGUCCUAACAUCCUAACGUCACCAGUUAGCUGUUCGUAACCCCGUCUGAUCCUGAACCCAGCCUCCCCCUCCUGAACUGGGCGUCGGCCCUGGUGACACGGCACGCGGCAAGAUGGGCAUUCAGGACUUGCAGCGCUACAUCGAGGCGCACGUGCCGGGCGCGUGCGUACCGGUGGACCUGCUGAAGAUCGCGCGCGGCGUGACGCUGCACCGUCCGCGCACACCGGGCAGCCGGCACCGGCCGCCAGCCGCCGUCGAACUCUGCCUGGUACUGGACGCAGAGGGCUGCCUGGACAGACUCUAUGGAGGCUACUUUUCAGACUGGGUAUGCGGCGGCCAGUGGAACCGGAUGGUGCAGUUCCUCUCCAUCCUCGUCCAGACCGUGCAAAACAACAACAUGGAGCUGGCCGUCUACUUUUCGGGCGCGCUCGAGCUGCCCCGCAUGCGCGAAUGGGUGGGCCGACAGUACAACCAGCGGCGAGACAUCAACCAGGCGCUCAAGCACGUGGCGCUGAAGGCCACGCCGCCGCCCAAGGUGUGGUGGACGGCUCCGGCGUGUCUGCGCACCGCCCUGCGCAUGGCGCUGCGCCACCUCAAGGUCCAGGUGCUCUGCUCGGUGGAGGACCAUCGCCAGGAGGUGAUGGCGUUCUGUCGGGAGAACAACUACCACGGCGUGAUGGCGGAGGAUGCGGAGUACCUGCUGCUCGGGCCGCCGCGCUACUUCUCCGCCAAACAGAUGAAACUCACCUACAAGGGUUCUCUGGAGACGAAGGAGUUUAUCCUGAACGAGGUGGCGCGCGGCCUGGACCUGCAGCCCAACCGGUUCUGCCUGCUAGCCGCGCUGCUGGGCAACUACCAGCUGACGGAGGAGGAGCUGGCAGAGUUCCACGGACGGCUGGCCAGCCGCGCUGGACACGCCAAGGCCACUCCCGAGGAGGUGACUGGCCUGGUGGUCGAGUUUGUGCGCACGCUGGCCUCGGCGGACGACCUGGACGAGGUGGGCACGCUGGUGUUCCAGUCUGCCACCGACCCGCGCGUGGCCAAACUGCGUGCCAGCGUCCGCUACUACACGGACGCCAGUCGCGACGAUCUCAAGUACAAACCGGCCGGCGGCGCAGCGGCGCGGGCGGCCACCAAGCCGGCGGACGCGGACCCGGCGGCCACCGAGACGCGUCGUCUGUACGAUCGGGCGGCCGGCGGCUCGCAGGACGGACGGACGACCGUCAACGGCGUCCUGGCCCAGCAGAUGAGCAGACUCAGCACGGACGAUGGUGCUGCUCCGGGCUCCUUCAUGGGCGGCUCGGCGUCCAACGGGCACGUGGACGGGCCGGAGGACGGUCCCCAGGUGAACCUGGAGCCGCCGCCACUGCCCUCCGUCACACCAGAGGUGCUGCGGACGGCGGCUGAGCGCCAUCAGAAGGGUCUGAUGGCGCCCUGGGUGUACCAGGUGCUCUCACAGGGUGAGCUGCAGCUGCCGGUGUGUGUGGAGGAUGAGCUGGGCCGCGAGCUACCCAACUCGGCUCUCUUCUACCGGCCGGUCCGCGAGCGGGUGUACGCGGUGCUGUUCAACCUGUACCACCACAGCUUCCUGCACAACCGCGACAAGGACAAGCCGGCGGAGGAGCAGCACCAGAUCCCCACCGUGCAGGUCCGUGAAUGGGCGUACAGCCGCGCCAACCCGUACACCCGGCCCGACCUGGUCACCGCGCAGCCGCUCAACUGGGGCGUGCCGACCGUGCAGCGGCUCUGGUUCGGCACGACAGAUGACGACAAGAAGCGUCGAAUGCGUGCGCUGCUGAGCUGCGUGAAUGCCGACUCCCCGUACAUCCGGAACCCGCUCUAUGUGCCGCAGCACCUGCUCGUACUGGCCUGCGUGCUCAGGUACAUGAUGUCGCAGACUGGCCCCAACGGUCAGGCGUUCCUCUGUAAGCCAGAGCUGGACGCGUUCAUCGCCCAGGCGCUCAGCCCCAAGCUGACCGACUCACAGUACCUGCAGGAUCUGCAGCUUCCGUCUCUGUCGGCUCGCGCCGUCCAGCUGGCCAGCCUGUUCAUGCAGGGCGUCGAGACGGUGCUGUUCGCCAACGACGCGUGCGGCGCGCCCAUCCCGUGGCUCAUGUGCUGCCCGUGGCUCUUCUUCGACGGAAAGCUGUUCCACAGCUUCCUUCUGAAGGCCACUCAGUGUCGCAACGUGCUGGAGCUGUGCGACAACCAGCUGGACAUGGUGGGCCAGCUGGACCUGGUGCGCCAGGCGGUGCUGGACGGCCUGCACGUGCAGUACGCUCGGCCGCAGCUGUCGGGCCACCCGGCCGGCCACCCGCCGCUGGUGCCCGGGCCGCGGCGGCUACUGGCACGCGGCGGACGUCUCCAGAUCGGUGGCGUGGUGGUCGGCUCGUGGGCCGGCAACAGCAGCCUGGGCGGCCGCGGCCGCGCGCCGGCCGGCGGUGCUCCGCGCCGCGGACCCGGCGGCGGCGUGGGCCAGCAGUCCGCCAGGGACGGCUGGCCCGCCGCCGGCCGCGCCGCUAAAACGGUGAAGAAGAAGGCUGUGUCUCCGGCCAAAAAGGAGGGAUCGGCCGGAAGAGGCCUGGAUGCCGGACCCGACGCCUCUGCGGCUGGCAGCGGCGCCGGCGACCCGGGCAGUGCCGGCGGCGGCGCCGCGGCGCCCGCCCAGUUCGAGGAUGCGCUGCUGCUAGUGGCUCAGUAGACGGCCCUGGCCGGCCGCCGCGCCGCGCCGCCGCACCGACGGCCCUCCACUGUGAUGCUUCGAGUCAGGGGCGGCGGCGGCGGCGGCCGGUCGCCGGCCACCGCCGCCGCCGCCCCGCCCCGCGCCGCAGCCGCCGUCAGGCGCGCGCGCCGCAGAGUCUAUUUUUGUAUUGUUGUUACUGACUACUGUUGAGGGAGGCCACAGCGCGUGAGCGCACAGUGCAGGAGGCACACGAUCGCCGGCCCGGCGGCGGCCAAGCUAGCUACAGCAUCACACCAACUCAAACAGACAAACUGACCAGCAUGUUUUCACAUCAGACGGCACCGGCCGCGGCCGCUCAUUCAGCGUGCGCGCGCGAGUACCGGUCGCUUAUCUUGCGAACCUCUCUGGCGGGGCCCACCGCACGUUCUGGCGUUCGUACACGGUUUCUGGUAGGUUAAGAGCGCGGUUUUGACGUCAGCCCCGCGCUGGGGCGGUGACAGUCGGUAUUUGGACUGGAUAUGACAAGUUUGGUAACUGAGCGCGGCGCUGUCGACUCUCACACACGUAUUUAACCGAUCGUCUGAGCGUCCGCGAGAACAGACACAUAGGUCUACUCGUUUUGUCGUGUCGGCUGCCCGUUACCUGUAAAUAGGCGACAUAGUAUUCGGUGUUUGAAUUUCUUCUUGAUCGGACGGCCGUGGGAAAGCCACGCUGCGAGCCGACAUAGUUUGCCUGUGUGGAUUCGUAACUUUAUGAAUUAUUUGUACUAACGUAAGACGGCUGGCAGCCGCGCGGCCCCCUUCGGGACCGGCCCUCGGCUGUCUCGGCCAAACCAGCUGGAAGACCCCGUUGUCAGAGACCGAAGAGAGUACGUCUCACCAAAUGAAAACAGCACCGGGUGUGUGCAUCAAAAAAAGUUUGAAUAGUGCUUGAGGUUUUGCUUAUCACAGCGCGUAUGCAAAAAGGUCCGUUCACAUAGUAAUAUGGCGCCGACCGGUGUUCUACAAUUUCGGCUGGGGCGGCUUGACGCGCCCAGCUUUCUGCAGAAACAGCCGCGAAGGCAGCGAGCGAGCUGUGGCUGAGAGAAAGGGUGAGAAACGACAGCGGGAUACACACCGUAUUCUCUGAGGAAGGUCCUUUUUCCGUGCUUAUCGAUAUCGGUGUGAAUAUUAUAAGUAAAUGGUGAUGUUUAUCUUUAACUUGAUACAGCUAGCCGAAAGUGGCUGUUCAAUUGCAUUGGUGGGCCCCGAAGUCUAGCGUUUUCUCAGCAUAUAUAGCCUCGUAAUUCCCGAAGACUUCGUAGUCGAUGUUAAGAAAAUUAUUUAGCUUGUAACUGCGACCUGUCUUAACCGGCGCCGCGCCCGUCUCGGCGCGGCGCGGCGCCGCGUGCGCUGGCCGUUUUGUGUUUACUCGUAGUUUCGUGUAUGUCACGUGGCGCUAGCUGCUUGGCGGCGGGUGACGGCGGUGUGCCAGUGCCCGCGCCCGCCGCUCGCCGGGGCAGGGGCCCGGCCACCGCCGCCCCGGGACGGACCGUGCCGUGUGCCGACAAAAUAUAUCACUGAAAUCCGA